ACUCCCUCGGUGGAACACUGAGGCAGUGCCCCAGUGCCCCCAGUGAGGGGUCACUCCUGGCUCUGUGUGUGUGUGUGUGGCUGCAGGGCCAUGUCACACGUGCACUACAAGUUCUCCUCCCUGCUGAGCUCGGACGUGGUCACCUUCCCCGGCCCCAGCAUCGCCCUGGCAGAGCUCAAGCAUCGCAUCAUGGCCUGCAAGAGGCUGAAGGAGGCCAACAGUGACCUGCAGAUCCUCAAUGCCCAGACCAAUGAAGAAUACACCGAUGCCAAUGCCCUGAUCCUGAAGAAUUCCUCGGUGAUCGUGAGGAGAGUCCCUGCUGGAGCAGGCACAGCUGCCAGCAGAGCAGAAGCUAAGUGA